AUGCAACAAUUCUGGCGCAUCAUUGCACCCGGGCGCAGAGAGGUGACGGGCUGUCUCGGCGAACUAGUGGAGGUAAUUCUUUCUGGUAGUGCAGCCAAGAUCGUACCUCUUCUCGCAGUCCCACUCAACACACACUGUCAUGAAAAUCUGGAAGUAGAGCCGGGCGAAAACAUCGAAGACGAAGAGGAGGAAGAAUGCACGAAACGGAGACACACCAAUAACUUGCCGCAAAGUCAUUGGAGUAAAGCUGCUCGAAUCGACAGGCAUGACGACGAGACAAUGAUUUUACACAGUCUUGACAGGUCGAACAGAUCAGAGGCUUCGCUCGAAUCACUCCCUUCAAAGCUGCAUAAUCUCGUUUUCGACAGUCUGGAUGACAUGGACGAUAUCUUAUCUUUCAGCCUGACCAGUCGGUAUUUCUGGGCCGUGGGCUUAACACAUAUCGAAGAUCGAAUUCUUUGUGCGUCGGCGCCUUGGGCCGGCGAGCGGAUUAUCUGUGUGAGCGAUCAUAGUAGCCCACAAGAUCUCCCAGCGGGGCUGUUAAGCGCCGAAGAACAGGAUGACCUUGAGCAGUUGAAUCGGUUGCAUCAUCUCGAUACUUUCACAGUCAAUAAUCCAUGGAAGAAAAUCGGGGGCCAGUCACUAUCGGAACGACUUCGGGAGAGUUUUGAGAAAUGGGAGGCGGCACAUCCCAUGUCCGAGGCGGAUCGCACGGAGAUUCUGAUGGGUCUCAAGCCUGAGAUGUUGGAAUUUUAUCCGCGGGAUCAGCCGUGGGUGUUGCGCAACUUGACGACGAAGGAGUAUGUUCUUGGCGAGGCUAUUGCUCUUAAGGAAUCGUUUGUGCAUGGACCUCAGAUCGAUGUCCUUGGGUUUGCGGAGGUUUUGAUCUCGCGUAUUGCAUGGUCAAAUCGGCCUGUUGAUGUUGGACAUGGGAGAAAUAUUUCGCAUGGGAAGUGGGCGGGGCAUCGGUUUGAUAUUGUGCCUUUGACUUGUGUGCAUAAAAGUGCUGGGCAGGGGUGGACGGAUGUGAGUAAUGAACUGCUGAGGGAGAUGGACUUGAUUAUUACGGUUCAGAAGGGCGAUGACUGGCGUGAUAAUCUCUCGCGACGAUGUCAAAAAAUCACGCCUUUUGUUGCCCUAGGGUAUUGCGACUGA